UUUGGCGGGCGCACGGCGGGAGCUCCGAAGGGGAGGCGGCGGCAGCGGCUCCGCGAUGUCGGCUAAGAGAGCAUUAAAUUUGGACUCUUUUAGAAAAGAUGAUCCAUCUGAUGCAACCCCCCAGAAAGCCAAAAGGAGAAAUUUGGGCCCCUACUCCCCAACCACAGGCACGUGCCAGAUGAGCCCCUACUCCUCUCCUGUGAGCCACAGGGCACAGAGUGCCAGGAGUGCCCCAGCACAGGGAGAUGGGAAUGAGGAGAGCAGUUCCAAGAGCAAAUUAUCCAGGAGAGGGCAGCCUCAAACAGAGCACGAUGUGUUCCUGCAGCUGCACUCCCAAGUGAGAAAUUCCUUGCCCAGAAUUCUGAAACUAAGAGCAAAUCUGACAAGCCUGAAGGCUUUGGAGGGCAGUAGAGAGCUGGAAAAUAUCCUGAGAGUCUCACACUCGUCCUGUGUCCUGAGUGCUGAACUGCAGAAAACCCGAGCUCUGGUGAGUCAAGCAGAAAAACUGCAGCUGUUGAAAGCAAACCAUGGAGAAGUCUCUGCCUGAGGGCAUGUCCUGCUGCUGGGAGCGCUGCAUUCCUGACUCACUCCUGGACAGAAGGAAGGAGCCCCUGAGCCUCUCCAGGCCUUGCCCAGCUCUGAGGCAGGGCCAGAGUGACCAGGACCAGGGGAAUUCUUGUAACCCAUGUGCAGAGAGCUCUGGGGUGUCCUGCAGGCUGCAAGGCCUCAGGGCAAUCAGUUCUUUCUGUGCACAUGGGAUUUGUUCCUGGUUUGUUGAGCACCGUGACAAAUUCUAGAAACUGCUCCCCCACUAAAACAUCCUGUGCUGUUUCUGCUUGUUCUUCUUGCAGCAUUUCUCCUCACCAGUUUGUUCCUCCUCUGGUUACUUGUCCUUGUUCCUUAAGACAUCCCAAAAUGUUCCUGCAGCUCUGGAGCCCUGCCUGGCCUUAGGCUCUGUGUGUUUUACUGGACAUCACAUCCAGAACUGCAAACAGAUCCCAUGAACGAUGAUGCUGCUGUCUAAUUGCUAUUUAUUUUAGUCAUUCCUCAUCUCCCCACAGGCAUUAUGUGAAAAAUGCAUUCCACAUCAACCCAAACUUCUCCAUCUGCUGGACUGGACUUAAAAGGAGCGAAGAACUGAGUGUAAACCAAUCUCCCCAGCAAAUCCCAGCUGGGGAGCGCUGCCUGUGCCGGGCAGGUGCACGUCCAGAUAACAUUUCUGGCAUCUAUUUCAACUUAACAAUGUGCACAAGCAGAUAAUCUCAAUGUAAAUAAUCCACCCUGGGUGCUGUGCAGCCCUGGGCCUGUGGUGCCUUCUGGAGAGCUCCUCCAGCACUGCCCGGGCUCUGGGGCUGGAGGGAGCUCUGCAGUGCCAGGAGUUCAUUAUUCCCACCCUGGAUGUGUUUUAGUUGUUUGCACUUUCCCUGGUUGGGGACAGCUUUGUCACCCACAUGAGGGUUCCUCUAAAGCAACCCCAGCCCCAGGAUAAAAAGGCCUCAGCCUCCAACCCAGCAUUAACACACAGGGCUCUGGUAACAUUUGCCUUUAGGUCAAUAUUGGGGUUUGGGUUUGGCAUUUAAUGCUGUAGGAGCAGAACUGUUUUAUAUAAACCAACUUUUUAAAUAAACCAGUUGUUUUUCUCUUU